CCGGCGGGGGUCGGGGGUCGGCGGUUUGGGGAGCCGGGGUUACCACCGCGGAGGAGCUCGCGUCCUGCUGUCCGGUGCCGGGUGGGCCGGCUCCCACGGGCCGGUGCCAUGAGCUCGCCGCCGCCCCUGCGCAAGGGCUUCUACCGCCAGGAGGUGGCCAAGACGCUGUGGGCGGUGCGCGCCGAGUACCGGGACCUGCAGCCCGCGGGCUCGGGAGCGUACGGCGCUGUGUGCUCGGCCGUGGACAGUCGCUCUGGCGCCAAGGUGGCCAUCAAGAAGCUGUACCGGCCUUUCCAGUCCGAGCUGUUCGCCAAGCGUGCCUACCGCGAGUUGCGUCUGCUCAAGCACAUGCGCCACGAGAACGUGAUCGGGCUCCUGGAUGUGUUCACUCCUGACGAGACACUGGAUGAGUUCACUGACUUCUAUCUGGUAAUGCCGUUCAUGGGCACCGAUCUAGGCAAGCUCAUGAAGCACGAGACACUGAGUGAAGACCGGAUCCAGUUCCUUGUGUAUCAGAUGCUGAAGGGGCUGAAGUAUAUCCACGCUGCUGGGAUCAUCCACAGGGACCUGAAGCCCGGCAACCUGGCUGUGAAUGAGGACUGUGAGCUGAAGAUCUUGGACUUUGGCCUGGCCCGACAGGCAGACAGCGAAAUGACAGGAUAUGUAGUGACCCGGUGGUACCGGGCACCUGAAGUCAUCUUGAAUUGGAUGCGCUACACACAGACGGUGGACAUCUGGUCAGUGGGCUGCAUCAUGGCGGAGAUGAUUACAGGGAAGACGUUAUUCAAGGGCAGUGACCACCUGGACCAGUUGAAGGAGAUCAUGAAGGUGACAGGGACUCCUCCCGCUGAGUUUGUGCACAAACUGCAGAGUGCAGAGGCUAAGAACUACAUGAAGGGCCUCCCUGAGCUGGAGAAGAAGGACUUUGCCUCUGUCCUGACCAACGCAAGCCCCAUGGCCUGUGACCCUCCCCCAGCUGUGAACCUCCUAGAGAAGAUGCUGGUGCUGGAUGCAGAGGAGCGGGUGACAGCGGCUGAGGCACUGGCUCACCCCUAUUUUGAGUCCUUGCAUGACACGGAAGAGGAGCCCAAGGCCCAGAAGUAUGAUGACUCCUUUGAUGACAUGGACCGCACCCUGGAUGAGUGGAAGCGUGUCACUUAUAAAGAAGUGCUCAGCUUCAAGCCUCCCAGGCAGCUGGGGGCCAGGGCCGCCAAGGAGACAGCCCUGUGAAGACCUCUGGGUGGCACGGACGCCCUAGGGACCUGGCCAGGGGCCUCACCCCUUAGCCCUCCUUCCCCGAAAGAGGAACCCUGGUUACCACCUGACCUUGCCUGGGCUUGGAGAGGCGGAGUAGACCCUCCAUCUGUGGACUCUCCUGGUCCUUGUUCCACUUUCUACACAGGACCCCUGCCUACCUGGGCUGGCCUCUGGCCCCUGGGCCGGUCGCCCCCUCUGCCAGGACACAGCAGAAAGCCUUAGGGGUGGCAGGGCUGGGAGAAGAAAGGACAGGGAAGGCUCAGGGCACCGACUCGGACACUGGCUCUCCUGGUGUGUGUGUGGGGGGGGCACUGUGGACACUCCUGCGCCCCAGCCUGGAGUGUAAACUAGCCUUUUGCUGUGCCCACCUGACUGGAAGAAAAUAAACCCUUCUGUAGACUUCCCA